AUGGGAAAACUGGCCUGUUGCAUCACUUGUCGUACAUUCAACUCAGACAGACUGACAACAGAGUCAGGUUCUGCGGCAACUGCUUUUAUGUCAGGUGUGAAAGGGCCUCAUAAAACUGUCGGUAUCACGGGAACAGUGAAGUGCUGUGAAUGUAUUGAGUUAAAAGAAGUUGAAAGAGCGAAAUCUUCUCUCAUGUAUGCCUCUAAAGCAGGAUUUUCCACUGGAAUAGUAACAACUACGAGGGUUACUCAUGCAACACCUGCAGCAGCAUAUGCCAAUGUCUUACAUCGAAAGUGGGAGUCGGUAGGACCAUCAAACAAGCGCGGAUUCCACUGCGUAGACGCUGCUGCACAACUACUGACAAACGCUUCUCACGUCAACGUCAUAAUGGGAGGAGGGGCAGCCGAAUUCUAUGGUCCGUCAGACAAUACCACUUUCAACAUGAAAGGCAAACGCUCUGAUUCACGCAACCUACUACAAGAAUGGAAAGAUAUGCAGGCUGAAAUGAAUCGCAAGCAUGUUCUCUUACAUACAAACGAUGAGUUUAAACGAACCGACUGGUCUUCGAUUGACUACGUUUUGGGUUUGUUUGCUUCGAAUCAUUUGGCUUAUCAACUGGAAAACCAAGACCAACCAAGUUUAGCAGAAAUGACAGAAGCUGCUAUCAAAGUACUUUCUCGUAAUCCUAAAGGAUUUCUUUUGUUAGUGGAAGGAGGUAAAAUUGAUCAUGGGAAUCACGACAAUCGAGCCCAAUACGCGUUAAGUGAAACUUUGGAGCUCGAAAAAGCUGUCGAGAAAGCAUUGUCGCUUGUUGAUCAACAGGAAACACUACUGCUAGUAACAGCUGACCAUUCACAUGCAUAUGGAGUGGUCGGCUAUCCAACAAGGAACACAAGUGUGCUAGAUGUUGAUAAUACUGCAAAAGGAGAUGAUAAUAAAUCAUAUCUCAUAUCUUCCUAUUUCAAUGGGCCAAGAGGUAUAUUGGAUGCACCUCGAUCGGAUCCGGCAACAGAAGAUAGAUUUGCAAGCAACUAUACUGCAGAAUCAUUAGUUAGAUUAGAUAGGGAUUCAUUAAAUGAAUUAUGGAUAUACAAACAUUUAUUUUUGGAUUAG